UGCUUCUGUAGUCGUAUCUGAACUGGCUGGACGUGCACCUGAAGUUGUAUUGGAACAAGGAAGCCAGGGGUAGAGCAUCAUGUCAAAACCGUUUUCAGACCACGAUAAAAGGAAGCAGAUCUCCGUGAGAGGUCUUGCUGGUGUGGAAAAUGUCGCAGAACUGAAGGUCGCUUUCAACAGGCAUCUCCAUUUUACACUGGUCAAGGACAGAAAUGUGGCAAACAAACGGGAUUACUACUUUGCUCUCGCCAACACCGUGCGCGACCACUUGGUGGGCAGGUGGAUCAGAACCCAGCAGUACUACUAUGAGAAAGAUCCCAAACGUGUGUACUACAUCUCCCUGGAGUUUUAUAUGGGUCGCACCCUGCAGAACACUAUGGUGAACCUGGCCCUGGAGAACGCUUGUGAUGAGGCCAUAUACCAGCUGGGUCUGGACAUGGAGGAGCUGGAGGACAUGGAAGAGGAUGCUGGCCUGGGAAAUGGUGGUCUUGGCCGUCUUGCCGCAUGCUUCCUGGACUCAAUGGCUUCUCUAGGCCUUGCUGCCUAUGGUUAUGGUAUCCGCUAUGAGUUUGGCAUCUUCAACCAGAAGAUUGUCAAUGGAUGGCAGGUUGAGGAGGCCGAUGAUUGGUUGCGUUACGGAAACCCCUGGGAGAAGGCCCGCCCUGAGUACAUGCGCGCCGUCAAGUUCUAUGGCAGGACCGAGCACACACCAGAUGGUGUGAAAUGGGUUGACACUCAGGUAGUGUUGGCUCUGCCAUAUGACACCCCUAUUCCCGGCUACAGGAACAACAUUGUCAACACCAUGAGACUGUGGUCUGCUAAGGCCCCGUGUGACUUCAACCUGAAAGACUUCAACGUUGGUGGCUACAUUCAGGCUGUGUUGGACAGAAACUUGUGUGAGAACAUUUCCCGCGUGCUGUACCCCAAUGAUAAUUUCUUUGAGGGCAAGGAGCUGCGUCUGAAGCAGGAGUACUUUGUGGUGGCCGCCACUCUGCAGGACGUCGUCCGUCGUUUCAAGGCCUCUAAGUUUGGCUCCAGAGAGGUCGUCCGCACAGACUUUGCCGAGCUACCAAACAAAGUUGCCAUCCAGCUGAAUGACACUCACCCUGCCAUGGCUAUUCCUGAGCUGAUGAGGGUCCUGGUUGAUGAGGAGAAGCUGGGUUGGGACAAGGCCUGGGACGUGUGUGUCCGUACAUGUGCCUACACAAACCACACCGUGCUGCCUGAGGCCCUGGAGCGCUGGCCCAUUGACCUGUUCCAUCACCUGUUGCCCCGUCACCUGGAGAUCAUCUUCGAGAUCAACCAUCGCUUCAUGGAGUAUGUUGCCUCUAAGUUCCCUGGAGACCACGACCGUAUGCGCCGCAUGUCCCUGAUUGAGGAGGGAGGAUGCAAGAAAGUCAACAUGGCUCAUCUGUGUAUUGUUGGUUCCCAUGCUGUCAACGGCGUGGCCCGCAUCCACUCUGAGAUCCUCAUCGCCACUCUGUUCAAGGACUUCUAUGAGUUGGACCCACACAAGUUUCAGAACAAGACCAAUGGGAUCACCCCCCGUCGCUGGCUGGUUAUGUGCAACCCCGGCUUGGCGGAGGUCAUCGCAGAGAAAAUUGGAGAGGAGUUUAUCCGUGACCUUGACCAGCUUAAGCGACUGUUGAAGUUCAUUAAUGAUGAUGCUUUCAUCCGUGACAUCGCCAAAGUCAAGCAGGAGAACAAGCUGAAGUUCGCUGUGCACCUGGAAGAGCACUACAAGGUCAAGAUCAACCCCCAGUCCAUGUUUGACUUCCAAGUCAAAAGAAUCCACGAGUACAAGAGACAGCUGCUCAACUGUCUGCACAUGAUCACCUACUACAACCGUAUCAAGAAGGAGCCCAACAAGCACUGGACCCCAAGAACCAUCAUGGUCGGAGGAAAGGCUGCACCGGGCUACCACACAGCCAAGAUGAUCAUCCGUCUCAUCACAGCUAUCGGUGAGGUUGUCAACCACGACCCUGUUGUCGGCGACCGCCUCAAAGUCAUCUUCCUGGAGAACUACAGAGUCACCCUGGCUGAGAAAGCCAUCCCCUCUGCCGACCUGUCUGAGCAGAUCUCUACAGCUGGCACCGAGGCCUCUGGCACUGGUAACAUGAAGUUCAUGCUGAAUGGUGCUCUGACCAUCGGCACCAUGGAUGGAGCCAACGUGGAGAUGGCCGAGGAGGCCGGAGAGGAAAACCUCUUCAUCUUUGGUAUGAGAGUGGAGGAUGUGGACGCAAUGGACGCCGGCAAAGGAUACCAUGCCUCUGAGUACUACAACCGUAUUCCCGAGCUGAAGCAGGCCAUGGACCAGAUUGCUGGCGGCUUCUUCAGUCCCAAGCAGCCUGACCUCUUCAAGGAACUUGUGGACCUGCUGAUGCACCACGACAGGUUCAAGGUGUUUGCUGACUACGAAGCCUACAUCAAAUGCCAGGACAAGGUCAACCAACUGUACAAGAAUCCCAAGGAAUGGACCAAGAUGGUGAUCCAUAACAUUGCGGGCUGUGGUAAAUUCUCCAGUGACCGCACCAUUGCCCAGUACGCCCGAGAGAUCUGGGGCAUGGAGCCCAGCCUGGAAAAGAUCCCUGCCCCCGAUGAGAAACUCAAAUAAGCUGUCCGUCCAAUCCCAUCCCCACCACUUACCCCAUGCUACUAAUGUUAGGAGAUAAGCACCAUUAGAUACGUCUGAGGAGAAUGGCAAAUAAUUUCUCAAAGCACUUGAAUGACUUUAAUGAUUGAUGUCUGUCUAAUUUGUCUCAUACACAGAGUUCUGGCAAUUCACACAUACCUUAUUGUGACAGGUCUUGAGACCAGAAUAGCAAUAAAUGAAGCAAUGAAGCAAUGCCUUCUGUUUUGUAAAAAAUAGAGAUGUGAAUUUACGGGUGUUCGCUGUUCCGUCACUAAUCAGACCGUGCAGGUAGUUACAAUCUAAACUGCUGUUGUGGCGAAGACAUGAGUUGUGUGGUGGGUUUUGUGUUUGGUUGUACAUUCUGGAGUUUAUCAAAAUGUAUGUAGGCUUGGAUCCAUUCUGAAUGAGUUCCUGUGGUCUGAAAUGCAAGAGUAGGUUGAGCUGUGUGUUUUUUAUCUUAGCUUGAAUGCUGUCAGUAUCGUGCAUGCAUUCUCAAAGCAUAGACUCUAGUCCAUGAUGAGAACAAUCAUUCUCUUAGUGUACUGCCAUGACCGUGCUGUGUUUGCCCCUCUUUGCGGACAAUAGACACUGGCCCUGAUCAGGCAGCUCAGAGCGUCUGCUCUUUUCUGUCCAUAAAAUGACAUGGAUGGGUUUGCCCCUCUACAUCCCAUCUACCUUACAUGUAUGGCAGUGUGGACUGGUGAGGGUAGAACGUCUCAUAAUAGUGGCCGCAACGGACUGGAUGGAAUGGCUUCAAACACAUGGAAACCAUGUGGAAACCAUGUGGAAACCAUGGGGAAACCAUGUGUUUGAUGUAGUUGAUACUAUUCCAGAUAUUCUGCCCAGACAUUAAAACAAGCCCGUUCUCCCCAAUUAAGGUGCCAGCAACCUCCUGUGAUGUAUGGUGCCUAACCCUCUGAGGGGACACAGGCCUGCAUCAAUAUGUUGUCUGAAUCUCCCACAGAAGGGUUGCUGAGGGGAGGACGGCUCAAAAUAAUGACUGGAAUGGAGUGACAGGAAUGGAGUGACAGGAAUGGAGUGACAGGAAUGGAGUGACAGGAAUGGAGUGACAGGAAUGGAGUGACAGGGAUGGAGUGACAGGGAUGGAGUGACAGGAAUGGAGUGACAGGGAUGGAGUGACAGGGAUGGAGUGACAGGGAUGGUAUCAACAACAUGGAAACCAUGUGUUGGAUAUUAUUCCGUUCCAGCCGUUACUACGAGCGUUUCCUCCCCAAUGAAGCUGCAACCAGCUACCUGUGGAUCUAGUCUUUUUACUUUUUAAUUGUGUAGAAAAAACAAUGCUAAACAGCUUUAUGUUUGUCAACUUGCAUAUGUUUCGUCUUUACCUGAAGAAAAGAACGUAUCCAUGUAGUCUAUUUGAAGGCCUCUGAGGGCUAGCCUGGGAACCAGUGAAGCAGAGCAGUGGAGGGGUGGGAUAACACAGCUGCUCCACAGUUGGAGGAAGCAUGUCAGUGUUUUGAUGUUGGAACCCACAUAAUGGCCUUGCCACCCUUUCUGAAACCCCAGCUCUCUGUUUGUUUCACCUUACGGCUGUCAAUAAUGCAAACUGUGGCCAACGAAGCCUCAUCCUCCUACCCCAUCUUUUCGGGAUGUUCUAGUCUAGUUAUACAAACACAUUAAAGUAUACUAGACACUAA